AUGCAAGGCCAUAUAAACCCUGCCAUCCAAUUCUCUGAACGCCUCAUUCACUUGGGAGUGCAUGUCACCUUCUUCACCACCGUUGGUGCCCACCAUCAAUGCAUGAUCAAAAGCCCUCCUCCUGACGGCUUGUCGUUCUCCACCUUCUCUGACAGCUAUGAUGACAGAGUUGUACCUAUGGACAACGCUGAUAAACGAUGGGAUCAAAUCAAACGUAAUGGCUCCAAAGCUCUCACUAACCUCAUUCUUGCAAUGGUUUUGGACAUAUACUACUACUAUUACAAUGGUUUUGCCGAUGUUAUUGGGAACAACAGCGAUGACCGGCCUUCCUAUUCAAUACAGUUACCGGGUCUGUCAUUAUUACUUGUUACUCAUGACCUUCCCUCCUUCUUGCUUGCUUCAAACCCAUAUGCUCUUGUAUACCCUAAAUUCCAAGCCCAACUUGAAGCGCUUGAAAAGGAGAGCAAUCCUAGAGUUCUAGUGAAUACCUUUGAUGCAUUAAAGCCCAAGGCUUUAAAAGUGCUCGAAAAACUUAACUUGGUUUCAGUUGGACCGCUAGUUCCAUAUGCUAUUUUGGAUGGAAGAGAUUGCUCCAAAAAUUACAUCAAAUGGCUCAACUUGAACUCUGAAUUAAUGAAACUCGAUUUCACCUCGUUAGUAUGUUCCUUGUCAGUUCGAUGGACGACAUGA